AUGUCGAACAGCAAUAUGAACAACUUGGAAAAUGACUUUCGAGUUCAAACCAAGACGUCACUCACACUCAAACGUUCAUCGUCCCCGAUGUCAUCAACCACUUCUAAACGAAGGAAAGCGCGAGCGAGUGCAAAACACUACAAAUCAGUGUUGAUGUGCGCUGUAUGUGAAGGUGAUGCUCAUGGUUACAAUUUUGAUGCAAUUACAUGUGAAUCUUGCAAAGCAUUCUUCCGUCGAAAUGCAUUAAGACCAAUAGAUAAGUUUAAAUGCCGUGGUAAUCGUGAUUGUGAUGUGAAAGUUGAUAUAAAAAAACGAUGCAAAAGAUGUCGAAUUGUGAAGUGUUUGGCAGCUGGCAUGCGAAAAGAGUGGAUUCUAACUGAUAAAGAGCGACGAGAUAAACGUGCCAAAAUCGAAGAAAAUCGUCGACUUCGUCAGCUUUCCGACAAUGGUCAACAACCCCAACAACUGGAAACGUUCACAUCGAAAAGCAGUGACAGUGACCUCUCCUUGAACCUUUCAUCAUUUCUGGAGUCAGCACCGUUCAAUGAUUUCGACUGGUUCAUGAUUCGAUUCCUUCAAGAUUAUUAUUCACAAGCUGUGAAACUUAAUGAAAUCACCGGUAUCGCAUCCUAUCCUCAAAUUCAACCAAUUCGAUCAACCGAAGAUUUAUUUCGUAUUCCACUUUAUAUCACAGCUAUGCGAUUGAUAACCUAUGUGAAGCAAAUAAUCGAAUUUCAAACACUGUGCAUUGAAGAUCAACUUCAUCUGAUCAAAUCCAAUCUGUUAAUCAUGUGUUUCUUCCAUUCGGUAUUCAUUUAUAAUCCAACGACGGACUGUUAUCAUGAAGAGAACUCAAAAGAUCCACAAUUUUCAGGAAAAGAUUGGACGAAAACAUUGAACAAACAAUUCCACAAUGAGAUGAAACACUUACGAAAUGAUUUCAUUGACAUAUUUCAAUUAGAUGAUAUUAUUAUUAAGUUAUUUCUUACUAUUUCCGCUUUUACCCUUCGAAUAUCAUUGAAUGAAUGUCGACGUUCGUCAUCAUCAUUGCACAUAAAUAAUUCACUGGAGAUAUUCAACGCGCAAAAUGUAUAUAUCGAUUUGGCUUACCGCUAUUCAAUACAUCAAUAUGGAUUUUGUAAAGGAAGUCUGAUGUUUGUACGAUACGUUCAUAAAAUUAUGAAAUUGCAAGAACUAGUCGAUGAUAUAAAGUUUCAUAUUGGCGAUUAUAUAAAUGUACAAAAAAUUUCAGGGCUAUUGCAAAGUCUUCUGGAAUGA